CAAGACUGCAUAUCAUCUGGAGACAGGAGUUGCAUGAUAAAUAGCGAGACAGUAAGCAACUUUGAGAACCCUAAACGUAACCCUUACCUUAACCAUUUUAAAUGUUAACUUCAAUGGGAAGGGAUGUACCAAGGAUUCCAGAUAGCAAAGACCGUAGAAGAAUGCCCUAUCUCAUCUUCGUAUUAACGCCAAACGGGUUUCCGAUAUCGUGUGAUUGACGUCAAUUUUGUCAUAGACAAGGGAAAAGAGAAGGGGGAUGUCAGGAACCGAAGCAAUUCAUUUGCAAACAACCUAUUUUCGCCGGUGUCCAGUGGAAGAGACCAAAGAGAAGCAAGCAGGUGCUGAGGGGUGGGAGCUGAUGGAUGACAGAUCAGAGAGGCCAACACACACGCAAAUCCUCCCCAACCCAGAGGACAGAGAGCUGGACCACACCACAACUGGACCACACCACAAGUGGAUCACACCACAACUGGACCACACCACGACUGGACCCCACCACAACUGGACCCCACCACGACUGGACCCCACCACAACUGGACCACACCACAACUGGACCACACCACGACUGGACCCCACCACAACUGGACCCCACCACAACUGGACCACACCACGACUGGACCCCACCACAACUGGACCCCACCACAACUGGACCACACCACAACUGGACCCCACCACAACUGGACCCCACCACAACUGGACCACACCACAACUGGACCACACCACAACUGGACCUCACUACAACUGGACCACACCAGAAUAGUAGUCAUCAGCAAAGCCAAAGCUGGAGGACGUCCUCAAGGAACUUGGAAUGGGUGUACGUUUUCCAGACCUAAAACAUAUUAUUGUAUCUGAUACAGUCAUCUAAUAGUCCUUUGCAUUUUGUUAUUGAAUGUGGAUGAAGACCACGUGUAGUCCUCUUACUCAUCAGGCUUGACACAGUGAGGAGAGAUAGUUGGAGUCAGAGUCUGAGGCACCAUGCAGUCUGACGACCUCUUCCUACGCAAGUUUUGCCGGCAGAGGCCACGACCCCCUCUAACAACGGUCAACUUUGACUCUAAGCGGGAGGGUGGGGUAAGGGCGCGGGUGGUGGCAGGGGAGUGGCCCCCGAGGAGAGAUGGAACAGAUGGGGAGAGUCUUACUACUCCGAGCUGUGUGGGUCUGAACCUGAGGUCAGUGGGCCGAGGACACAUCAUGCAGAGAAGCAACAGUGACGUGACGCUGGGAGACCUGGACUCCUCUGGUAAGGCGGGAGGGAAGGCAACACGGGCGGUGGGGGAGAAGGCAGGUGCCGGGGCCCAGGAGGACUCAGGGGUGGUGCUGCACAGGGAGUAUGGCAGCCUCUCCUCACUGGAGAGACAGAUAGGUCUGUCAGGAACCCAGGAGCCGAGUGCAGAGGACCAAGGCGUUCUGAGCCCCAAUGCCCUCCGCUUCAAAGACCCCUUUCUGCUGCUGGGCCUGCAGGGAACCCCCCCAGAGCCUGACGGCUUCUUCAGGGCUCUGUCCACCCCCGCAGGAGACACCCCAAAACCAGCCAAGCCCCCAAAGCCUGAGGGGCUGAGCAAGAAGGCCAAGCCCUCUCCUCCACAGAUCCCCCAACCAGGUCCUUAUGACAACCUGGGUGGAGGAGCCUGGGUCAGGAAUGUUGCCCACUAUGAUGUCCAGAGCAUUUUGUUUGACCUCACAGAGGCGGCCAGCAACCGAGAUAGCAUCGGCCGCAAAAAGAACAUCACCUCAGGGGCAUCGGCUGCCUCGACGAUGCGUCCCCUCACCCAGGCCACGCCCUCGCAGAGCGGGGGCGGUGUUGGGGGGGCUGUGGAGGACCCCUCCCUGGACGAGGGAGAUGGCAUCGACAACGAGCUGCUGCUCAGCUGCCCCCACUUCCGUAAUGAGAUGGGGGGUGAGGAGCGGGCGGGCCUGGGGCAUACGCAGGGCAGAGGGGGUCUGUGGCUAAGCCUGAGGAACCCCAACGAUGCUGUCUCAGUACUGGAGGAACCCAGAGAGAGCCACGUCCAACAGCAGGGCAAGAGCAACUACUUCAUAGAACACGCAGACCUGGGAGCCCACUACUACCGCAAAUACUUCUACAUGAAAGAUCAUCAGAACUUCUUUGGCAUGGAUGACCGCCUUGGUCCAGUGGCCAUCAGCUUCCGUAGAGAGGAGAAGGAGGGGUCUAGUGGAGCUCAGUAUAACUACAGGAUCAUCUUCAGAACCACUGAGCUGAAGACUCUGCGAGGCUCCAUCCUGGAGGAGUCCGUGCCCUCAGCGGCCCGCCACACCACCCCCCGAGGCCUGUCUCCCAAGAGGCUCCUGGAGUUCAUCAUCCCAGAGCUCAACCUCCACUGCUUGCGUCUGGCCUCCACCUCACCCAAGGUCCGAGACACCCUGCUCAAGCUGGACGAACAAGGGCUGAACUUCCAGAGGAAGGUGGGGGUGAUGUACUGCCGUGCAGGCCAGAGCUCUGAGGAGGACAUGUAUAACAACGAGAGCUCGGGGCCGGCCUUCGAGCAGUUCCUGGAUCUGCUGGGGGAGCGGGUGAAUCUGAAAGGCUGGGAGAAGUACCGAGCUCAGUUGGACACCAAGACGGACUCCACAGGGACCCAGUCCCUCUACACACACUACCAGGACUAUGAGGUGAUGUUCCAUGUGUCCACCAUGCUGCCCUAUACGGCCAACAACACACAACAGUUGCUGAGAAAGAGGCACAUUGGGAAUGACAUAGUGACCAUAGUGUUCCAGGAGCCAGGGGCUCUGCCCUUCACUCCUAAGGCCAUCCGCUCCCAUUUCCAACAUGUCUUCAUCAUCGUCCAGGUGGAACAGUCCUGCUCUGACCAUACCUACUACAAGGUGGCGGUGACACGCUCCAAAGACAUCCCGUUAUUUGGGCCUCUGUUCCCUAAGGGUGCUCGAUUCCCCCGUUCCCCUGCCUUCAGAGACUUCCUGCUGGCCAAGGCGGUGAAUGCUGAGAACGCUGCCGAGAAGGCGGAGAAGUUCCGCUCCAUGGCCACCCGGACACGACAGGAGUACCUGAAGGACCUGGCAGAGAACUACGUGACCACCACGCCAAUCGACUCCUCCACCAAGUUCCCCCUGCUGUCCCUGGGGAGCAAACGCAAAGACAAACUGAAGGGGGCCAAGGGGGCAGAGCUGCACAGUGCUGGGGCAUUGGUCUGGGCUGUGAUGGCCACCAGUGGGAAUGAGGGGGAGACAGGAGGACACAAGCUGCCCUGUCUACUGGGGGUCUCAGCUGAAUCAGUGGUGCUGAUCGAGAGAUACACACGGAGGGUGGUGUUCAACUGCUGCUGCCGCGACGUGAUUGGCUGGAAGGCGGUGAUAGACAGCAGGGCCAUAGGCGGGCCUUGCCUGGAUAUCUUCUAUGAGAGGGGGGAGGCUGUGUCAAUCAGUGUGAUGGACAGCCAGGCGGAGGAGAUACGGGAGAUGGUGCAGAGACUGGAGUUGGUGACGCGGGGGUGCGAGGCACGGGAGGUGACCCCCCUGCGUGACGGGGUCGGCCAGCCAGGCUUCCUGAUGAGCGAGGAGGGCUUUGUGACGGAUCUGCAGCGGUUCGGCUAUGCGGAGAGCGGGGGUCUGCAGCUGGGGGCACGGGUGGUGCGUCUGUGUGGCCACGCCCUGGUGCACCUAGGACCAGAGGAAAGAACCAGACUGCUCCGCACCGCCCACAAGAUCCACAUCACCGUCAUCCCUCCAGAUGAGAACGGCAAGCCCCGCAGGAGUUUCUCAGAGUUAUACCAGAAAGCCAUCCAGGAUGCAGAGCGUAAGCCUGGGGAGGGCCAGUCUGGAGAGGCCUGGGUGCUGGACGAGAGGGAGGAGGAGGAAGAGAUGGAGGAAGAGGAGCGGGAACAGGGAGAGGGGAAGGAGGCGGAGACAAUGGAGGGACCAGCAGAGGGAGGAGAAGCUGAGGACAGGCUGUCAGAGACUGGACAGGGUGAGGAGGACCAGGGGGACCAGGGCUCCCUCCUCUCCCCACCCAGCCUGCCUCUGUUACGGGCCACCUCCCUGCAGGACCACCCACUCAACCAGACCGUGGAGAUCACCCCCUCCCAGCUAACACGCAGCUACUCCCUAGAGAGGCACCCGUCCUGCCGAGACGUAUGUGACAGGCAUGUGUAUGACAACGUGGGUGUGAAGUUGAAACAUCACAUCUAUGAGAACCCAGGGGAGCUGAGAGACGCCACGCCUGACCUCAUCCUGGCUGUCAAACCCAAGAUGCCCCUGGACGAGGAGCAGGCACAGAGACACACACAGUUUGUGGGGGCUGAGUUGGGUGAGGAGAGGCCAUCAGCGAGUGACCCCUCCUUGUCCUCCACCCGGUUGUCAUGUCUGAACAGAGCUGAGAGAAACUCCCGAGCCCUGAGCCUACACAACUCCAUCACCAAGAUCCUGUCGGAGACCACAGAUUCCUCAGAGGAGGAGUGGCAGUCUAUAGCUGAUCUAGCCACAGCAUGCCGCAGCAUCCUAGAAGCCUUGUCACGUGAAGCAGGAGAUGGGACCCAAGGAGCAGACUCCCUGACAGAUGGCAAGCUAAAGGACAUGAAGGACAGUGACUCACCAGGCCACCUGGAGGAGAAGGUGUCCCAGCUGGAGGACAUGCUGAAGAGGCUGCAGGACGACUUGCAAAAGCCAUGGUGGUCUGACAGGCGGUUGUUGUGUGCCGCUCCCUGGCAGGAGAAGGAGGACAAGGCGGUGCUGCAGGCCGAGGUGCAGAGCCUCAGGCAGAAUAACCAGCGGCUGCAGGAGGAAUCCCAGAGCACCGUGUCCCGCCUCAUCAAAGUCACCGAGCUGCUGUGCAAUGUCAACAAGCCCUGCUAGCUCUGUCACAGUACACACUAUGUGUACACAAGACACACAAACACACAAGAUCACACACAAACAAACGCACACAAACAAACACACACACAAACAAACGCAGACAAUCAAGAUCAUAAACACAUUCCGGACACACCACAUUCAAUAUUGUAUACAAACACCCAUGCACAAUACAUCAACAUACUCUAUUACUGUUGCUCACUGUAUAUUAAUGACACACACACACACGCACACACACACACAUAAUACUCUGCAUUCUGUAGAAUGAUAUUUGAACUCUGGACCAGCCCAUGAGUGUCAAACCAACUGAAAAACAACCCUGAGUCAUUUCUCACCAUCUGAUGGUCUUCUCAAUAGCUUAACCAGUUGAGCGGCACAUCCAGGGUUGCUCUUUACCCAAUAGUGUGUUUCUUUGUACCGUGAGUGUGCGCGUGCAUCACCAUGGUUAUUUUAUCUUGCUUCACAUACUUGACAAGUUGGGCAGAAUAGCAAUUGCGUAAAGCUACCCAAUUGAUUUAGAUGAAGAGACACAUGUGCAGCAUGUUUGAUGGCUGUUUAUUUCAAUUGACCCAAAGUGUGUGUACAGUAUGUAAACAGUAGUCUCUCUCCUCUCUGCUCAACCCUCUCCAUGAUAUGCAACGUCUCGGACUGAGAACAAACAGCUCAGCUGUGCACCAUUAGAGGGGAUGGCCUUGGAGCUACAUAGGGGAAAUGACAUGCAUGCAGGCAGCCUGCUUGAAAAGACGGUCUGAUGCAUACUGACCCUGCCUCUCUCUGCCAACCUGCUCACAGAAUGGUUAGUUCAUUGUGUAGAGACACUAUUCUCUCCCCUCCCUACCGCCUCAGCUUCAUUUGAAGGGUUAUGGACUUGAGUCGGCAAGUAACAGUAUUUCACAUCUGCUUUCAGGGAAUGAGAUGCAAUUUAGUUAUAAGGGAAUUGACUCACCGAAUGCACUCAGAGAGUUGGUGGUGUUCCGUGCAAGUACUUGAGAUGGAUAUGGAAGUGGAUAAUACCUUGGAUGAGGAUGAAACAAUGGAACUUUAUCCCUUAAAGAAUGGCUGUAGAAGCUACACUGUAGAAAGUACGCCUCCUGCUGGACUGAGCCAUGCAUUGCCACACGGCAGCUCUCCUUUCAAAGAAAAAAACAUUGUAGAGAUUUAAUGUAAACUGAACAGGAUUCCUUUAGUGAACACAGCCAUCUGUGUUCAAUUAUAUUUUGUGUUUGUUUGUUUGCUGGCUACAAUGAUACUUCAGUGUAUUUGAAAUUUAUUCGGAAAGGUUCUAGAGUGGUUGACUGUGGGUGAGGGAUUCCCUCAUUUCAUCUUUCUGUGUGUGUAACUACUGUAUGUGUUUCUGCGUUGUUUUUGCACUUUUAGCAUAACCUAUAUGGGCAUGGGCCAGGGCACUAUUUAACCUCCUGCCCAGGUUUAUGCCUUGCUUGAAAAAUGAAAGUGGAUUUGAUCUCACCCCACCUCAUCUUCAGGUCCACUGCUGAUGACGCCAAUAACAAUAUGAGAUCAGAGGAGGACGGGAUUAUUCCUCCUCCAAGACUGUUCUGCCAAAAGACGCCAGGGCAGAUCUCCUACACCCCACUCAGACCACUGGACCCAGCUGUGACACGCCCAAAAUAACUAGACUUAAAAUUUGGAAGGGAUGCCAAACAAUCGUCAAUCACACUGUCUCAAUGCUACUUUUUAAAGACCUACCCUUUUACUUCCUCUUGUGAUUUUAUUUUAGAGUCACUGUGAUUGCCCGGUACCAGCAGAUUACCAUAUAUUCUAAUUAAAUAAAACAUCUAAACUUGA